UGUUGUGUAAUCAUCCCCGGCAAUCAUCCACGACUCGAAUCUAGGCCUAGUUCACAGUCAAAUAACAUUUUAUUCAUUACAUUUAUAUUCAUUCUUUAAGGAUGGAAAUGUGUGUAAAGCUUAGAUCUUUUGAUGUAGCACGACGAAUAAACUCAUACAUGCAUAUUCGCAAGAUGCACUAUUCCGUCAUGUCGGUCAGGAAUUCUGCUCCUUCUCAACGGAACGACGAUAGACUGCCAUGCCUGGAGGUUCGGCGACAUCGGGGAGCUGGACUCCGUAACGAAAAGGGUGUGACUGUAGCUCCUCGUCGUUGUUCGUCCACUUCUUUAUACACUCCUCCAGCAGAAGGAGAAAAUGUUCCAUUUGUUUUGAAACCUGAAUUAGAUUUUAACGCAUUGCUUCGAGACGGAGAGAAGUUCGAGAAGAGUAUUGAAGCAAGGAAUAUGGAGCUGGAGGGCAUCAAUAUUCCAGAAAUGAUUUCUAUCUGGAAGGAGGUUUGUGAUCUUGAAGAACAGAAGAAUCAGAUGGAGAGAAAGAAAAAAGCCCUCAACACAAGAGCCAAAGAACUCAGUAAACAGAAAGGGGGAUCUGUGACCAAAGAGAAAGUCCAACUAGAGGGCCGGAAAAUCAGAGAGGAAGUGAAAAGUUUAAAUACUUCCCUGAAUGGCCUGAUGAACAGAUUAUAUCCUCUAGCCCUGGCUUUGCCCAAUUCUCUACACAAUGCCGUGCCUGUUGGUGAUGAGAAUGUUGUGAAAGAAACAGUUGGAGAUGGACUUGUAUCACUAGAGUCUAGAAAAGAACACCCGUCUAUCUCUACACAUCACCCUAUGGUUCACCCAGGCUACUGUUACACUGAGGGAGAGCUGGUCAUCAAGGAAUUAGACCUCGUUUUAUCGGCUGCAUCUCAUCUCACAUCCAAUGGCUUUACUAGAUUCGCUAUGCCUGAUAUGUAUAAACCACUUUUAAGGGAAGCUCUAGGCUUGAAUGCUGAGGAAUUUAAUGAGACAUAUGCGAUUCAAACGCGUGAGAACCUCAUGCACCUGGCUGGUACAUCACCCAUGGGCUUCCUAGCUUACUACAUGAACUCAGUACUAGAAGCCAGCGAUCUCCCUCAAAGGUGUUUUGCAGUGGGAAGACAUUACAAUGCAGCUGCAGAAUCUGCAAAAUUUCAGGGCCUUCAUCACCAAUACCAGGAUUCCAGGCUUGAAAUCUUUGGAGUGAGUGAAGGAGCAGAGGAUUCAAGCAACGCUCUCUUAUUUCAGUAUCUCCACAUUGUCACUGAUCUCAUCUCGACCUUUGACCUUCCAUUCAGGGUUGUGGAGGUGUCUAGUAGGAAUCUUCUCCCUUGCAUGCAUAGACAGAUGGCAGUAGAGCUCUGGAUACCCAGUGAGAGAAACUAUAUUGAGGUAGCCAAUGUGUGUAACUGCACAGAUUUCAUCAGCCGUCGUCUGAAGAUCCGCUAUCCCACCAACCCAAGAGAGAGCGCUGCGCAGAGCAGGAAACGCAGCUUUGGACAUACAAUCCAUGGCACAGCCUUGAAAACAUCCGUGCUCCUGUCGGCCAUGUUGGAUUACGGGGCACUGGAUUUGAAAGAAGCAAAGUCAUGAUGCUAACACUCGGGACCUGUUUCACAAAGCCUUUAUUCAAUGACAAAUGACAAAAAUCAGUGACAAAUCUGUUGGUAACCAAUCAGAAGCAAGGAUUUCACUAGCUUAUAACAGAAACUGUCAUUUGUCACUGAUGACAAGUUUUGUUAAAUGCCCCCCCUGGACUGCAUCCUCCUCUGCAGUCUCUGUGGAAGAUUUGAUAACUGCAUAUGUACAUUUAUAUAUUUAUAUUUUUAUAUGUACAUUGUAAAUUUUUAUAACCCGUUUUUUUGUGUUUUCUUUUUACUGAAAUAAAAUGGAUCAAUCAAUCAAAAUAUAGAAGUAAGUUGUAAAUUCAUUGUUGCUCUGUUUUGUUGUUAUCUCAGGUUUAAAGCUAAAGACCAGUUAUGGUCAUGCGAUUGCAUUGUGAAAGAAACAUUGUGAAAUCGAUCAGAAAAGGUUGAUCAUCUAGCAUAGAU